AUGAAGCAUCAUGUGCAGGCAUUCCUCGCCGUCCUGCGGGUAAUACAGUCUCAUGGAGUUGCUAUGGAAGUCGCAGGCGUAUGUUGUCAGAGCACUGCCGUAGCCGAGCACUCUGAGCUUAUCGUAGACACAGUUGUGCGGGAGGCCCGUCAGCCAUACGAGCAUCUCAUAUACGUUGCACGGCGUCCUGAGCGAACGUGGAAGAUUGAAGUGACACGCCUUGUAGUAAUCGUUGAGAUGAUCGAGAAGAAUCCCGAGCGCAUUUUUGGUGUCCUUAUCAGAGUUGAAGACACGUUCGAAAUCGCCGACGAGGAGCAUGUCACCGGUGAGCGCGGCGCCGGAGUACGCACUGAUGUACGCGUUCCUCAGCUCGGCGGCGAAGGCACUGAGCCCGUCCGUCACGCCGUCUAUCACAGCCGUGCUUGGCCUGGCGAAGCACUCCGGCCUGAGGCCGGCGAGUGCCUUGUCAAGCGCGUCAAGCAGACCACGGACCUCAUGGCCGUAGCGUUGCGCACCGGUUAUGUGGGUGAGCAGAGCGCUGAGCGCCGUGUGAACUGCACUAAGUCUGUCAGCGUAGUGAUCCUGGGACUUGGGGAGCAGGGGACUUUUUUCGCCCUCACGCUCCCUGUGCUCCCUCCGGAUCUCACUGCCGAGAUACUCGUUGACCGGGGCGUAGAAAGCGUGGAACGCGGAGGAUAUGACGGCAAUUUCUCUCUCUUCCGUGACGCUUUCGAGGCUGUCAAAGUGUCCGUGCGCAUAUUUCAUGAGGCCCUUGUAGCCUGUGUAGAGAUCCCUGUUUAUCUCCUCAGGCAGCUCCCCCAGCUCCUCGGCCACCUUGGCGGCGAAGUGUUUCAGCGCGUCCUUCGCGGACUCCACGUAGUCCUGACGGGCCUGCUUGCUGAGCUCCGCGAUUGCCUUUUCAAUCUCACUGUCUACGAAGCGUUCAAUGUUUUCUACUUUCUCCCAUUUUAUGUAAUCGGCGUUGGUGAGGAACUUGUCGCACAUGGCGAUGGCCGCCUGGAGGUCAUCUAUGCGUAG